AUGAAUGAUUCAGUUAAAUAAGCUGAAAUAUGUUAAGCAAUUGUGUUUGAUCCAACAGGGAAGAUUAUGGUUGCAGCUAGUAAAGAGGAUAUUAAAAUUUUGAGUUUUGAAAAUGCAAAUAUCAAAUUAGCACAUGCACUUCUAGGACAUUUAAAGAUCAUUAAUUGUCUUGUUUUUAGUUAGAUUGGGGAUUAUUUUUUUCUGGAUCUGAUGAUCGAUCAAUUAUAUUUUGGAAAUCCUUAAAUAAUAAAUGGUAAGGCUGUUAGACUUAUUGUAUAGUGGCAAAGUUUAUUGAAUUAUCUUAACAUAAAAAGAAGAUUAAUUAAUCUUCUCUUUAUGUUAAGAUAAUACAAUUAAAGUCUGGAGGGUAGAUUAUAAAAAUAAUAAUAUAUCGAUUCUCUAUUCUUUAGAGAAGCAUAAUUCUUCUAUUUUAUCGUUAAGUUUAAAUGAAUCAGAAAGAGUUUUAGCUUCAAGUCAAAGUGAUUAAAUUAUAAUUUAGCUAAAAGCAUUAAAUAAUCAGUGGAUGUUCUAGUAGGGUGUUACAGCGAUUGAAAAUAUAUCAUUAAAUAAUUUUUAAGUAUAAACAAUACUAAAUUACAUUAAAUUAAAUUAAUGGUAUUUUCUGUUUUAAAUGGAUAUUAUUUUGUAAAUUGCAAUUAAUAUAAGUUAUCGAAAGAAGAAUUUGGAAAGCAUAAAAUUUUUAAAAGAAGAUUAAUUUAUAUGGCUCCAAGAUAAAAGUAAUAGUCUAUGUGUAUUUGAAAAUGUAGAUGGUUUAUAUUAAGAAAAUAUGAGAAAAAGAGUGUAAUUGAAUAAAAGUAAUAAAUUUUAUUAAAUAUUAAACUAUUUCCUAUAAUUUAUAAUAAAGCUAAAAAUCUUCUAUGCAUAGAUACAUAUAGGCGAUUUACAUGAUUAAAGUGCAAAAUGA